AUGGCGGUGGAGACGCUCAGGCUGAGGAAAGACGGCUUCCUCGGCGGCGCCGGGCAGGACCCGGCGGCGCCGCCGAGUAGCGUGAGCGUGGCGGCAGCAGCGGCGGCGGCGGGGCAGGGGAAGGAGGCGCACUUCCGGGGAGUGCGUAAGCGGCCGUGGGGCAGGUUCGCCGCGGAGAUCCGGGAUCCGUGGAAGAAGACGAGGAAGUGGCUGGGCACCUUCGACACCGCCGAGGAGGCCGCCCGGGCCUACGACGAAGCGGCGCGGAACCUCCGCGGCCCUAAGGCGAAGACAAACUUCAGCUACUCCUCGCCGGCGUUGACCUGCGGCGAGGCGGCGGCGGCCUCCGCUCUGUCCCUCUCACCGUCAUUGUCGUCGUCAGGGUCUCCGCCGUCGCCGUACACGCAGAUGCCGCCGCCGCCACCUCCGCCGCCGCUCUGGUUGCCAGGGGGCUUCGACUGCCGGGACCUCUACCCCUCGGCGGCGUACCAGCGGUUCGAGGCGGCGGCGAGGGCGGAGCAGGAGAGGAUGGUGGCGGCGGCGCGGGCUCUGCCGCGGAAACCCUUUGAGGAAAUGGGACCGGCCCACCUGCGGCUGCAGCUGCAGCAGAGCGCCGCCGGCGCCGCCGACGAGACGAAGAAGCCGGCGUUGGCGUUCGAUCUCAACCUCCCGCCGCUCCCUCUCUGA